AUCACUAGUCCACCACGUCAAAUGGCAGACCUCGACUCCCGAAUAGCUCACGCCAGACACCAGGCCCGCCAGUUGUACCACAGCUUGGAGGUGAUGCAACUGAAGGUACAGGACGCUACCCUUGCUCAAGUGGCCAGGGACGUCGCCUCCAUUCCUCGCAAUUACUCCAACCUAGAGCUCUACAAUACCUUGAAGGGCCACCAUACCAAGGUAGCGCAGGUCCAAUGGAGCCGCGACUCUGCGUCGCUCCUCACUGCCAGCCAGGACGGCAACAUGCUUCUCUGGGAUGCAGUCACUGGCUUCAAGAGGCUGGUGAUCCGUCUCAACAAUCCGUGGGUGUUGACGUGUGCCAUUGCUCCUGCUGGCCACUUGGCUGCUUCAGGUGGAUUGGACAACGCCUGCACCAUCUACAGGGUACCCUCGCACGCCCCAUAUACCACUACAGGCUACGAAACCAUAUUUAAGGGCCACACAGCCUAUGUGUCUGCCUGCGAGUUUGUCAACGAUGUGUCAGUUUUAACUGCCAGUGGAGACAUGUCGUGUGCCCUCUGGGACAUCCACAAGGAGGCCAAGGUGAGAGACUUCCACGACCACCUGGGAGAUGUGCUCUCGUUGAAUUACGGGUACGAAUCUGGGGUUUUCAUAUCUGGAGCCUCCGAUGGCAUGGCCAAGGUGUGGGACCCUCGCUUGAAGGGCCCAACCCGCAGCUUUGCUGUAUCGCAGAGUGACGUGACCAGCUUGGCGUCGUUUCCCGACGGAAACUGCUUUGUCUCGGGCUCGGACGACGGCAUGGUGCGGUGGUUCGAUCUCCGCACUGAUUGUGUUAUCUCAUCAUAUUCCAUGUCUGCACAUUUCAGUGAUAAGUCACCAACCCUCCAGCAAUCAGACAAAAACAGCGUGUACUCCUCGCCCUCGCAUGAAUUCGACAACCCCGGAAUCAUUUCUCUAGAUUUCAGCAAAAGUGGACGAUUGCUUUAUGUCUGCUACUCUGAUUUCGGGUGCAUGAUUUGGGACACUUUGAAGAACGACAUCAUCGGAACGGUCGGAAACGACCACAUGGGCAAGAUCAACCAGGUCAAUGUAAGUCCAGACGGGAUUGCGGUUGCGACUGCCUCCUGGGACUCGACCAUCAAGGUAUGGUCGGUGUAG